AUGGGCGAGAUGCCUGCCAUAGAGGAUGAAGACAAGCGGCAUGAGUAUGGUGAUGACGAGGAACAUGCAAGUGAGAAUGGGCAUCGGCACUAUGGCGAUUACCAUGAUACCGGGGGUCAUGGUGUUUACAGCAGCGAUGGUAAGCGUGAUGAUGCCGAUGCUCAUGUUGACUUUGGUGUUCAUCUCGUUGUAGACGGGCGCGGCAACGACGACAAAGACUAUGGCUUCGAAUCCGAUUAUGCGAUGCAGUACGAGCCAGAGGAGCUGCCCCAGGAAGAGGGCCUGGAUAACUUCAGCUUCUCCGCCACGCGCUUGCCUGCUUUUGGAGCCCCGGAGGCGGCUGAGGCUGAGGCUUCCCAGAGGCCUGAGCCCGCCCCAGUAUCAGGAGACGACGAACUGCUGGAGGCCAAGGCUCUGGUCAUCGAGGCUGACCAGGAGCUCGAGGAUCUUCGCGUGCAGGUGGCGGCCUUCUUGGCACAACUCCCGUUGGGCCGUCAGAGGGUCUUUGAAGGCUUCCCACAUGCACAGGACGUAUUCCUGAACACGUGA